UAUUACGAUUAUGCGUUUCAUGAGAUCAGAUAUUUUUAUUAUGUUUUAUAUUUUUACUAUAGGAACUUUGUAAGGUGUUAAAUUAUGAAGUAGAGAUUUAAAUUCAUUAGUUAAUGAUUAUUUUUCACGAUGCGCACUCGUAGUAAUUCUGGUGUACGUUUAGAUUACUACCAGAGAAUUGUACAUAAGUUAAUUCUUGACCACCAGCAGCCUGUGACUGGCUUGUUUCCAGCUAGCCCUCAUAACGAUCACGCUUGGAUAAGAGACAAUUUGUAUUGUAUAUUAGCAGUAUGGGGUCUUUCUAUGGCCUUCAAGAAAAUAGCAGAUCAAGAUGAAGAUCGGGCCAAAACUUAUGAAUUGGAACAAAGCUGUGUAAAGCUUAUGAGAGGUCUUCUUAUGGCUAUGAUGCAACAAAAAGAAAAAGUUGAGAAAUUUAAGAGUACUCAAAAUCCAUUAGAUUCUCUUCAUGCUAAAUAUUCAUCAAUCACGGGUCGUAUUGUUGUUACAGACACAGAAUGGGGUCAUUUACAAAUAGAUGCCAUUUCCCUUUACCUCCUUGUCCUAGCCCAAAUGACAGCAUCUGGGUUGCAAAUUGUAUUUUCACUUGAUGAAGUAGCCUUCAUUCAAAAUUUAGUUUUUUAUAUUGAAUCAGCUUAUUGUACACCUGAUUAUGGAAUUUGGGAAAGAGGUGAUAAGACAAAUCAUGGUCUCCCUGAACUGAAUGCUAGUUCAAUUGGAAUGGCUAAAGCAGCAUUGGAGGCAAUGAAUGAGUUGGAUUUGUUUGGAGCUCGAGGUGGUCCAUCUAGUGUGAUUCAUGUUUUAGCAGAUGAAGCGCAAAAAUGUCAGGCAGUAUUGCAAUCAAUGCUGCCUAGAGAAUCUAAUAGUAAAGAAUUAGAUUCAGGGCUCCUCUCCAUUAUUAGCUAUCCAGCAUUUGCUGUUGAUGACCCAUCUUUAAUAGCAAAAACAAGGGAAACUAUUGUAACUAAAUUGCAAGGGAAAUAUGGCUGCAAAAGAUUUCUGAGAGAUGGCCAUAAAACACCUAGAGAAGAUCCAAAUAGGCUUUAUUAUGAGCCUUGGGAAUUAAGAAUGUUUGAAAACAUUGAGUGUGAAUGGCCAUUGUUUUUCUGUUAUUUAAUAAUGGACUACUGCUUUCAAGGUGAUAAAAAUAGUGUCUCUGAAUAUAUGCAAAAGUUAGAAAUGAUUAUGAUUAGGAAGGAUGAAGGUAUGAAGCUGGUGCCAGAGUUGUAUUCUGUGCCUGCAGAUAAGGCACAUUUGGAACAAAGCGACCCUGGCAGUCAGGAAAGGAUUCCUCUUGGGAGGUGUCCUUUCAUUUGGGCUCAAUCAUUAUAUAUUCUUGGAAAGCUGUUACAGGAAGGUUUUCUUGCCGUCGGCGAGUUAGAUCCAUUGAACAGAAGGUUAUGUUCGGAAAAGAAACCUGACGUCGUAGUGCAAAUAGUCAUAUUGGCUGAGGAUAGUGAAAUCAGAGACAAAUUAAUGGAGUAUGACCUACACGUGCAAACCAUUCAUGAAGUAGCUCCAAUUGAAGUCCAGCCAGCGAGAGUGCUGAGUCAUCUCUAUACUUACUUAGGUAGAAACAAAAAAUUGGGUUUGUCGGGAAGAAAGUCGCGGGACGUGGGAAUAUUAAGUACGAGCAAGCUUUAUUCAUUAAACGAUAGAAUCUUUGCGUUUACGCCCCAGAACUUUGACUACGAGGAGUACUACAUGACUCGCGACCCGGCGUUGCUCGCCAGCACGUUUACGGCGAACGUGGCUUUCCUUGGCAUGAGUUGGAAACAAAUGUUGGGAAGACCGACAAUUACCUUACUUGCCACACAGUAUUUAUUAGAUCAUGGUAAAAUCCCAAUGGCCAUGAUAACAACGAUGAAGAAGUUGAAGUCCGGUUACAUUAACGGGACGAGAGUGACUCUCGGUAACCUCGGGGACUUUUUAAGCACUUCGGCCAUAACUAACUUGAGUUUUCUGGGAAGCCAGGAGGACGGGUAUCCUGAUAAACUGAAUCCGCAAGUACAAAGCUACUUGGAGGAACAUCUAUUGAAGUCCUUCAGCACUAAGGUCAAUUUCUUAUCUAAGCCGACUGCACCGCGAGGUCGCACUCUGAGGAGACGGAUGUCAGUCAGAGGCGCCAUCAAGAAGACCAGGUCUAUUAAUGUCGAUUCGGAGACUUUGGGAAUGGAAGGAGAGAACGUCGGUCCGCAACAAGGGGUUCUCGAACGGAAACCUUCGUGGCUGGAAGUGGACCCUAUGUUCGGACGCAGCCCCUCACCGGAGGACCCCAAGAGGAGAGCCUUUUCCAAGGGCACGUCCACCACCAGCUUAGCGGUGACUCCCACUAUCGCGAUCACCAAAGAGAGUUCUCCGUCGCCACCCAAAGACGAAGCCUCCAACAAGAACGUGGUGGUGCGCAAUCGCACGGCCUCCGAAAACCAGAACUUGGUUUACGCGGAACAAGAGACGGACGAGCUCAUCGGCAUGCUGCGGGAGACCGAGAGCUUGGACGAGCAGGGGGACAUCCUGCAGUACCUGGUCGACACUCACGGCCUGGACUUCGGGACCGGGGUUCUCGAGAACGGCAAAAGCGUGACGGUGAAGGACCUCCUGAAGAUCCUGUACGAGAAGGCCUGUUCGCAAAAGCUGUGGGGCCUGGUGAGGCACUCGGCGGGGAUGUUGGGGAAGAGGGUGGAGGACCUGGCCAAGGCCGUCACGGAUCUGCUGGUUCGGCAGAAGCAGAUAACGGUGGGGAUGCCUCCCAACAACGAGUACACCAUCACCGCGCCGCUGCCCGAGAACGAACUGCGGCAGCUCAUCCACUGCUCAUUACGCCGAACAAUCUCUAAAGAUGGGAAUCGAAAGGCUUACGGCGACGACGAGAGCACGGCGAUGUUGACCCAAGAGCUGCUGGUGUACCUGGCCAUGUUCAUUCGGACGGAGCCGCAGUUGUUCCUGGAGAUGCUGCGGCUGAGGGUGGGGCUCAUCAUUCAGGUGAUGGCGACGGAAUUAUCCCGCACUCUCUCUUGUGACGGGGAAGAGGCAUCGGAACAUCUCCUCAACUUGUCGCCGUUUGAGAUGAAGAAUCUCCUCUAUCACAUCCUGAGCGGGAAAGAGUUUGCGAUUAAUAGCGCAAACUCAGUGUUCGGUAUACCGCUAAAGUUUAGGAAGGAAGGUCGAGGUAACUUCUCUAUUGUGAGCAACAAAUCGACUCGGUACGGGAAGAAGUCUCAAAUCGUACUCGAAGGACAGACUCUUCAAGGCAUCGAAGACGCUCCGGCGGUGGAGCCGGAUCGCCAAGGGCAGUGGUUGAGACGUCGGCGCUUGGACGGAGCUCUCAAUCGAGUUCCGAGAGAUUUCUAUCCGAGAGUGUGGGGCGUCUUAGAAAAGUGCCAAGGUCUGGUCAUCCAGGGGAAGACGCUGCAACCGAACUUGACCCAAGAGAUGACGCCCGGAGAGUUGAAGUUCGCGUUGGCCGUCGAGACGGUGCUCAACUCGAUCCCUCAGCCCGAGUACCGGCAGCUGGUGGUGGAGGCGCUCAUGGUCCUGACGCUCAUCGUGGAAUACAAAACGAUCGACAACUUGGGGGGCACCAUCACGGUGGAGCAUUUGGUGCACAAGGCGAAUCAGAUAUUUUUGGAAGAUCAGAUGCGUUGCAACGGCGACGCCACCCUGUGCUGUGCGAAGCCCGAGUGGGGGGGCGGGGGGCAGGUGUGCGGCGGGGCGGCGGGCGUGUGCCAGCUGCUGUACGACAGCGCCCCCAGCGGCAGCUACGGCACCAUGACGUACCUGGCCCGCAGCGUCGCGACCCUGCUGGCCGACAGGAUGCCGCCCGACACGCCCAUCGAGUGCACCAUCACGUAACUGGCAAUACUAACUUCACUAAAUUUCUUUUUAUAUCAUUGCCGGUAGUUACGUAUAUUUUAUUUAUAAAUAAAUCGUAGUAUUGUUUUAUAUAAUUAAUUGAUGAAUCUAAGUCCAUUUCACUGAAAAGUUACUUGAUUUACUCCUCCUUAUAAGACUAAUAAUUAAGCAAUAAUUUCGUUUUUGAAUAUAACUUCAAAUUAGGUCGUCAUAUUUGAUGUUGCUGAAACUUUAUUUCCCAUAUUUAAUGUUAUCAAGGCCUGCAGCAAUGGAAUCCAAGAGUUCAGAAAUAAAUAAAUAUUGUUUAAUUUGGUAAAUGAAUUUAAAUGUGAAUUUAAAAGUUUUCUCUUUAUGU